AGAAAGAGAAUUCAUCGCUUCAAUGUCUCAAGAAAAUAUUAAUUGAGAUUUACUCUGGAGGGGAACGAACGGAAGAAUGCAGUGGCUAGAGAUUUGUUUUGUUGUACAUGAUGGCUAAAAGUUCAUCUACUCGACAACGGGAGAGAAAAAAGUCUUCCCCGUCGACCUAUUUCAAAGAGUCUAAGUUUGACAAUUCGUCUAAAACUUUGAAUGCUGACUUAUCGCCAACACUUGGGAAAACCAGCCAAAAUCUUCGAAAUCGGUGGCUUUGGAGAUGUUUUAUUUUUACUUUUCUGAUGUUAACUGGAAUCAUCUCGCUGUAUUUUGAUAACAAUAGUAAAUUUUUCCCACGCACUUGGAGCUCCAUCUUGGCAGACCUCUCUGGAACUCCAAAGCGAGAUGCGGAAGUUCCGUGUUCAGUUAUGGACAACUCCACAGUUGAUCACCGUUCAAAUCUAACUCUAGCGGAGUUUAUUCGUUGUUAUGACGCGAAAAGACCAGUUGUGAUUACUGAUAUCUUGAAAAAUUGGAAAGCAAUGAACUGGACAAAAUCAUUCCUUGUGAGAAACUACGGAGACAAGAGAGUAUCAAUGAAAGCCACUGAGGGUCCUCUGAACAAAGCCCAGGGAUUUGCAGUACCCCUGAAGAAUUUUGCUGAACAUGUACAUGAGGGCCAACCUGAGUUGUGGACUUACCUGGAAGAUGAACUGUUUAUUGAAAUGAAUCCAGAACUUAGAGAAGACGUGGGGCAGCCAGUGUAUUUGAGGGAAGACUUCUUCCAGUUGUUACCAAAAGAGAUUCGACCAUGGAAUGCUAUGCUCCUCUGGGGUACAGCCCACUCAAGGUCGUCUCUUCACAUAGAUCCUUACAACUGGACUGGUACAAAUGCUGUUUUGAGAGGAAAGAAAAUGUGGAAGCUUUUUCCUCCUGGCCAAGAUCAUUUAUUAUAUGUCAGAAAAAAUCAGAGAUGUGGGUUUCCACUGGAUUGUUUGAAAUACAACAGCCCAAUAGAUGCUUUUAACCCUGACUAUAAACAGUAUCCAAAGUUCCGCAGAGCACAAGCGAUUUCUUUUACUCAACAGGCUGGAGAUUUAUUAAUUAUUCCAACUGGCUGGUUUCACCAGGCGUAUAACCCUGUUGAAACAAUGGCCAUCAGCAGCCAGGUUAUGAAUUCACAAAAUUACAAAUUAGUGCUUGAGGAGAUUUACAAAGCUGGAGAAAUAGAUGCACGUAAAUUACCGAGAAAUUUCGAGAAUUUAUCUGCGCAAAAACAGGUUGAAGCCGUGGUGAAGAUCAUUCCUAAGGACGUAAUCGAAAAGGGAAGGAGAGUGACAGAGGACAUUCUGGAUCAACUGAAAUGGAAAGGGAAGACAAAACAACGCAAUAAAUGAACAAUAUUUUCAAAAGUUUUUUGGGGAAAGUGACUACCCCCAAGAACAUCGAAAUAAUUGCACGUAGUGCUCAACGUCAUUGAUGUGUCGCCAAGCGACGCAAAAUCUUGUGAUUGCGCCGACUGCGUGACGGUCUCUCAGAGUUUCUAGAUUUCUUUGAUAUUGGCCGGUGAAAGUCGGAAAGUCAAAUGAGGUCUUUUGUCAGAACUGGAAAAUUGCUUUCUACGUUUGAAUUUGGUUAUAUCUGCAAAUUGUUAAAACAAGGUUGAUAGGAAAUGAAUGAAGAAAAUAGAUAGGAAAUGAAUGAAGACUAUACGUAUGCGGUGAUAACCAUAAGUUAUAAGGAAAGUAACAAAGGGCUCAGAAAGACAAUAUUAAACUUAACGAUGUAAAUAAUUACUGAAGCUUGUAAAUUUUGAAGAAAAACCGAUCUGUAAAGGA